UUCCAGCCUCUCCUUCCUCUGCGCCUCUCCCAGCCAGCUUUUGCGACCUGCCCUGGUACCCAGCCCUGCUGGACGCGGCCAGGAGGUUUAGUCCCGACUGACUGGCCAUCGCGACUCCGACUCGCCAGCAUAUCCUCCACAGACAGAACAGAGCGUCGAUACCUGCCGAGUUUCUGCCGCCUCCCUACCAUCUCCAAGGUUCCAUCCAGCAUUGACUGGACCGUCUUACCCCAAAUCGGUCCCCCUCCCCCCUGCUAUCGGGAUCGACAUUCCUGGGCUGCAGAGACCCUCCCUCUCCCGCACUUGAAGGACCAACGAGUUCCUUUACAACCUCUUAUGUCUAGCAUAUCUCAGAGCUUCAGCUUGCAGCCAUGCCCUUGAUUAACGGCCAAAAGAUGGCCUGUGCGCCAUGCAUUCGUGGCCAUCGUUCCACCAAAUGCAACCACGCGGCCGAGCGGGUAAUGGUCCCGGUCCGGAAGCCAGGCCGGCCGCUCAGCACUUGCCCGUGUGCCCCAGGAAGGCCAUGCGCAUGCGGUGGAGUCAAGGUGGCAAUCCCGCGGAAACAGAAGUGCCAUUGCGGUCCGGGUGCGGAUGCCGUAGAAGACGAGGUGAAAUCCGAGACGCCUACGGCUGAACCGCCGCUUUCGCCGACAAGACCCAUCUAUCGUGUCCAGAAAAAUGGCUCCGGGCCCAGGCAAAACGGCAACAGGAAACUGUCCUUCGACCCAGUAAACCUCGACAGGGUAGAUCCGAGCUCCAUCAACAUCCUCAACCAAUACAGAAAUCUGGAGGCAAAAUCUCUGUCCAUUACCAGCAGUGACUUGCCAGCUCAGGUGCAAGUUCCAGCAGGCUUCCGACCCGGUUUCGCUCCUCCUCCUCUGCCGACCAAUGGGUUUGAUAAUGUCAACAAUGUCGGUUAUGGAGCCCCUUCGCAUUAUGGUGUGCCGGAACUACAUCAGAUGGCGCAAUCCCCCGUGCUCACGACAGGGAAAUCCGAAAUCGAAACUCGGCCAUCGCAGCCCCAGGCGUCUUCCUCGGCGCAAAGCCCUACUUCUCCAGCCAGCGGCUCAGGCCGAACGCCCCGGACCUCGAGCUUCCCCUAUGCCGUCGCACCGAAGACCCAUGAGCCUGCCCCGCGAAGCUGCUGCUGUGCGCCGAAGGAUGAUUCGCCAGAGAUCAGAACCCCUCCCAUGGCUCCCCAACAUGUGGCGCAGUCCAACGGGACAUUCAUACCGCCAUUCCCGCCGCCGCAGAUGGCUAUGAAGCACCAGCAGUACGGUCUUCCCUUCCCUCAGCCCGGCAUCUUCACAUAUCCCGCAAACUACGGGUCGUGGUCACAUCCUGUGAAUCAGGCAAUGUGGACACGAAUGCAGCAUUUGCAGCCGAAUACGGUGCCCUACCCGAACGUACCGAACGUGGUGCCCGUCACGACAAAUGGGAGCGGUCCUGUGCUCGGUACAAGCCACGAAUGCAACUGUGGGCCGGGUUGCCAGUGUGUAGGGUGCCUGGCCCAUCCCUUUAACCACGAGAUGUUACAGUAUGUUGGGGGCGCUUGGGAUUAUGAUAUCGAUGUCUCACAGACCGAGGGGUACGGCAGUAACGUCGGCUCCAACGGAAACUCCAAUGGUAUCUCCAACGGCAGCUCCAACGGCAACCCCGGCGCCAAUACCAGUGCUCGAGGCCAGGCUCAGACACAGAAACCGGAACCAGGCUCUCCAGCUCAGGCUCCAACACCUAGUGACGCCUCAGUAUGUAGCGACGACCAGGCUCUGUCGACGAGUGACUACUUCUUCGUCAACCUACCUCUAUUCCCCGGUGCGGAUGCCGAAGGGGACUCUUGCGGGGGCAACCAGGCUCUCUGCCCUUGCGGCGACGAUUGCCAAUGCGAUGGAUGUGUAGUGCACAACACUAGGCCGCUUGACCAUUUCGGUCCCCCCUAGAAGCGGCCGGACGGCCUGGUGUGGGCACGAUCGGUUCUCUGAUCUG